AGCGCCUCCGCCGCCGUGCGGUGCGGGCGCUGUCCGAGGUGCUGAGCCGUGCGGAGCUGGGAGCUGUCCGAGGUGCUGAGCCGCGCCGCGCCCAGGCGGCACCAUGGUGUUCGCUCCAGGUGAGAAGCCAGGGACAGAGCAAGAUGAAGUCAAGCUGCAGAAUGCCAGCAAGCAGAUUGUGCAGACUGCUAUCCUCCGAGCGGUGCAGCAAGUUUCCCAGGAGAGCCAGCAAAAGGAGAAGCGAACAAACAGCAGUACAAGCCUCCAACUGGAAAGGGGAAAAUUAACCAAGAAACAUGAAAAGAAGUAAAGGAGAAGAUUGGGGUUUUUUGACCCUCCAGUCUGCAGUGUUUUCAGCCUUCUCUUUAGUAGCAGCUGUAUUGCUAGUGCAAUGUUACUGUCGUAAAGCAAACCAAAGUAUAAUCACACCUAGAUAUAGGGUAAAGCUGCAAUAGUCCUCAGCUGAGAAAUACUAAGUGCAUUAGAUGACUAACUCCAUAUUUAUGCAGUGCCUCUUAACAGAAACAAUAAUCAUAGCUAUAAAAGUAGUUUCAAGCACAAGCUCUUAUGGUAUGGACUUAUUCUCAAGAUCUUGUUGUCCGU